CGCGCAUUAAUCUGCAUUCAAAGAUGUAACUGAUAUUACCACUCUAUCAGUGAUGUCGGCACCCAUUCACUCCUCUUCCACUCUCUGCUUGCCCGCCAUUAUUCUGCAAAUAAAAGCAGCCAUAAUGGCACGGAAUUCCCCCAUAAUUAAUCUCCAUAACAACACUAAAAAUUUAUUCAAAUAACCAAAGCAUGAUUGAAUCCCAUUUCACUCAUAUUUUUUCCAUAAUUCUACUCCUCGAAUUUCAAUUACUUGAGUCAAGCUACCAUGAUUACACCGACGCAUUGUCUAAAUCCAUACUCUUCUUCGAAGGGCAGCGAUCGGGGUACCUUCCACAGGACCAGCGAAUUACAUGGCGGGGAAAUUCCGGCCUCGGCGAUGGGUGGAUGGUUAAUACAAACUUGACCGGCGGUUAUUAUGACGCCGGAGAUAAUGUCAAAUUUGGGUUUCCGAUGGCAUUUACGACCACAAUGCUGGCUUGGAGUGUGAUUGAAUUCGGGGAAAACAUGCCGGCGUCGGAGUUGAGAAAUGCUUUGCUUUCGAUUAAAUGGGCGACGGAUUAUCUUCUCAAAACUGUUUCUCAACCAAAUCGCAUUUUUGUUCAGGUUGGUGAUCCAAAUAUAGACCAUAACUGCUGGGAAAGGUCAGAAGAUAUGGACACUGCUCGAACUGUGUACACGGUGGAUGCUCCAAAUCCGGCCUCUGAUGUUGCUGGUGAGACUGCUGCUGCUUUGGCUGCCUCAUCCAUUGCAUUUAGAUCAUCUGAUCCAGGUUACGCUGAGACACUUCUGCAAACUUCCAAGAGGGUAUUCAAUUUUGCAGAUAGUUAUCGUGGGGCUUAUAGUGAUAAUUCGAAUAUCAGGGAAGGUGUCUGCCCGUUUUAUUGCAAUUUUGAUGGAUAUCAAGAUGAAUUACUGUGGGGUGCGGCGUGGCUGAGAAGAGCCUCUCAGGAUGAUUCUUACCUCAAUUACCUACAAAACAAUGGCAAAACAUUAGGUGCUGAUGAGAAUAUUAAUGAGUUCGGAUGGGACAACAAGCAUGCUGGUCUUAAUGUUCUCAUUUCUAAGGAAGUCUUGGAAUGGAGCAUGUACUCUCUUCAGUCAUACAAAGCAUCAGCAGAUAGCUUCAUGUGUACACUGAUACCCAAGUCUUCAUCCUCCCACGUAGAGUUCACUCCGGGUGGUCUCAUAUAUAGGCCUGGUGGAAGCAACCUACAACAUGCCACUACCAUAUCUUUUCUCUUGCUUGUUUAUGCCAAUUAUAUAGAGAGGUUUUCUCAGACUAUAAACUGCAGUAGCAUUACCGUUAGUCCAACAAUGCUCCGCGAAACAGCCAAGAGACAAGUUGAUUACAUUCUUGGCGAUAAUCCUAAAGGAUUGUCCUACAUGGUUGGGUAUAGUAAUUACUACCCACAAAGGAUACAUCAUCGCGGCUCAUCACUUCCUUCCAUCAAAGAUCAUCCCGAAUUCAUAGGGUGCAAGGAUGGUUCGAUUUACUUUAACUCAUCAAACCCUAAUCUGAAUGUAUUAGUUGGGGCCGUGGUGGGUGGACCUGGAGAAGAUAAUGCUUAUGAGGAUGAUCGAGUUGAUUUUCGAAAGUCUGAGCCCACGACUUACAUCAACGCACCAUUUGUUGGAGUACUUGCAUAUUUUGUGGGCACUUCUAGUUAAAAUUAGAAUACAUCACAAUUUAUGUUGGUUAGGGGAAAAAGAAUGUAUCUCAUCUUAUGCUAAGCAAAGAAUGAAGAGGCUGAUUCUAGGAGGGGAUAACUCCAAUAGCUCAUUGUAUCAUUAUGUUGAAAGUGAUAGUGGAAGGUCCAAUUUAACCCCUAAAAUCUUCAUUUUGCUUCAGAUUUUAGUGGGGCAAAUAUGGAAAACUAUCAUUUUGUUAUUUUUAUAUUUUCCAUUAUAUCUGUGAGAUUAGCAGAUAUAAUAAUUUGUCCAUUUAAAGAACCUGUGUUCUUCAGUUGGUGAUUUGA